AUGUCACGUCUAGGGACAGCGUCUUCUCGUCGAGCUGAAAAUGUUCAGCACUAUCCAGAAUCACACACUUACAUUACCCCGGUCGGCAACUAUGGACAUCCACCGGCCGUUAUGAGCAUGGGAAAUAUGGCGUCUGCAUUACCGAGCUACCCGUCCAGUCAAAUUCAAUUCGAUCAGCGAAGUAUGCAGCAGCAGCAGCAGCAAUUUGUUCCUGUCGCACCGAACCCUGGCCUUGUGUACGGCAUGCCACAACCCCAAUCGUUUCCUACACCCACAACAAACCCAACCAUGAUGUUCGGUGCUCCUUAUCCUCAGAUGUAUAUGCCCUAUGUUCAACAGCAACAGCGGCACCCAGGGACUCACCCUUCUGACGCCUCUAGAUUUUCGCCUAUUCCACCUCCUACCCCUCGGCCUGGUUCUGCCCAGGGUUCAAUGGAUGCGUAUGGGCCAAGUUAUUAUAAUUCGUAUGUGUACACACCAACACAGUGGCAUCAUCAGAGGCCUGAGACGAUUUCAGCUGCUUCUCCGCAACCGCAGAAUCAAUCAGACAUGAGCACGCCCAAAACAAAUGAGGACCGAGAAAAGGAGGACCAGAGACGAAUCACAAUAGUUGAUGGAUCAACGCAUAUGAGAUCAUCUACCGCACAGGGCUCAUCGGCUAACUCUACCUCACGUCCAUCAAAAUCAAACGCACCAAAAGGACUACCCAGAAAACCGAAACAAUCUGGCAAUGCCCUGUGGGUUGGGAAUCUCGCACCAGGAACCAAUAUAGUCGAACUCAAGGAUUACUUCUCGCAGGAUGCCACAAGUGACUUGGAGAGCGUCUUCCUAAUUUCAAGAAGCAACUGUACGUUUGUCAAUUAUAAAACUGAGGAAGCUUGUUUGAGAGCAUUAUCGAGGUUCCACGACACCAGACUACGAGGGGCGCGGCUCGUUUGUCGGGUGCGCCGAGGGUUGAUGUCCCCGGGGCCGCACAGCGAGCUCACGGGCUUAUCAGACCAGUCUUCAAUAAAAGAGGCGGAGGAGAUGGUAAAAUCCAACAUCACAGAAGAUGAGGGGCGAGAAGGGUCAUACUCCACGCGGGUGUGUAACCGAUACUUCAUCUUGAAAAGCUUGACGGUCGAGGAUCUCGAAAUCAGUUGGCAGAGUGGCAUCUGGGCCACCCAGACCCACAACGAAGAGAGCUUAAACCGAGCCUUCGAGAUGUCAGACAACGUCUAUCUUAUAUUUUCCGCAAACAAGUCGGGUGAAUACUACGGAUACGCUCGGAUGAUGUCUGCGAUCAGGGACGAUGAAAGCCUCACCCUCGAGAUGCCACCACGCCCGGACCACUCCCCCUCCAAAGAACCCGACAGCCCAGACGUCACGCCAACCCCUGCAUCGACUUCAGCCCCAAGCGGCCGCAUCAUAAACGACAUUGCGCGAGGCACAAUAUUCUGGGAGGCAGAUACGUCGGAGGACGAAGAGGGCCAUCCCGGGUCACAUAAGAGCACUCUUCAAGCACCCGUAGAGAAGCACGGCACCGCUGAGAUCCAGCUAAUCGGAACGCCGUUUCGGAUUCGGUGGCUCUCCACCGAAAGGGUCCCCUUCCAUCGAACACGGGGUUUACGCAACCCCUGGAAUGCAAAUCGCGAAGUAAAGAUAGCUCGCGAUGGCACCGAGCUGGAAUGCUCUGUUGGAGAAAAGCUGGUGCUUUUAUUUCAUCCCGAAGCGUCGGGGUGGCCUCAACCAUAA